GGCUUGCCUCACUAUCUGUUACAGGAGGAGGGCCGCGCGGGAGUUGGAGAAAAGCCGAGAAAUGAAACGACUCCUUGUAACAGUACCGUAGCCGGGCCGGGCCGGGUCGGGUCGGGCUGCGAUGUACGCCGGACACGAUGGACGGCUCCCGGGGCAUGAGCGCUGGAGGAGCACCUGGAGGUCGUCGAUGCCGCACAUUCGGGCGCGUGUGCUGUCGAGGAGUAGCGUCAUGGAGGCGCCAGCGUGCGGGAGCUCGGUAGGGGUGGCGCCGGACGUGAUGGUGGUGGUGGUGGCGAUGGCGACGGCGAGCGAGGAGCAGGAGAGUAGAGUAGAGAGGAGGAGGAAGAAGAGCUCCAACGAGAGAGACAACGCGAGAGAUGGAGAGGGAGGGAGGGAGGGAGGGGGCGGUUCCAGAUUGCAUCUUCCAAACGUCGUGGCCAUUUAGUUGGAGUGGAGGAACGCGCGUUUCUUUCAGGCGGAUUCAAACUUUGACUUGGAAGAGGAGGGCGAAUGUACUUAUACACUAAUGUUCACGGAAAUAAGUCAGUGCCGCACAUUGUCGAGAGGUCUGGCGGAACGAUCUACUCUAGUGCCCGACGUUUUAGGAUCCCCGAUCACAAGUUCCAUCCUGCAACAUCUUUGCGGCAUUAUGCGAUCAUGUAACGAUGAUAAAUUCUUCACAGCUUCCGCAUUGAGGAUAGGGUUACAGGCGGAGCCGGUUGAUGAAAGGUGAAGCUGAGCCUACGGAGCUGCGCUGCGCGAAGGCCGAGUCCAUGAAGAAUAUCAGUGUGGAGAAGGAUACAUCCUCCAACCUUAUCUACAGCUGGUUGACAAUGACAAUAUAAUUGGAUCUUGAAUUGAUGAUUGCAAAUAAUGUAGAUUCUUCGACAAUAUGACACCACGCUCUUACCACCUAUAUUUGGACUUGUGUUAGGAGAAGGUUGCUUGAACUAACAAAUGAUUGACGGAGAUGAAGGACAUAAAAGACCUAUUCCAUCACCUGAUGUCGAGCUGGUCGAUCUCUGCUGAGCAAAACUGUGCACUCUUGCGUUUGUCUUGAUGGUUGUCCGCGAUACUGUUUAGCAACCUCCGACUGACCUACACUGGUCACGAUCUUUAGGGUUAUAUGUUGAUAAAUCCACCCACUUCAAAUCAGGCACUUACAGUACAACCCUGUAAGUGCCUGUCUAGAACUUUCCUGGGGCGUAAGGGAUUCAUUAGCAGUGAUGAAUGACUGACUCACAGUGAUCACGAUCUUUGCCUCUUUCCGACUGGUUUAAGCAUCCCGUGUUCGUAAGGCCCUGGCUCGAGUCAUGAUGCUCGGCAGCCCAUGAGUUCGUCAAGCCCAUAGACAAAGAUCCGUCUCUCGGGAGCUGUACCUCCAGCUUGAUCACGAGACAGAGGGAAAUCGAGGAACAUAGAACGAGCAAGUCGCACGAAGUGCUCGAUGGAUGGAUGGCACAUUGGCACUGCAGUCGACUUUCUCCGAGCAACAUUCCUGGAAAGAAGCAACAGAACAAGGAAGUUCUGAUUGCACGAGGAGCAUUGCACCUCCGGAUUCUGAGGGUCGACUUUUUCAGAGGAUAGAAAAAUUGGUAAAGAGAUUCUAUUUCGAGGGAAGGACAAAUUGCACUCCUGGUGCAGUAUUGUACAGUAGGCUUUGGACUAUAGACCUCGCGGCGCGGAUGGACGGUGCAAGAAUCAGAUGCGGGUUGAGAAAGAGAGAUAGGAGAAGUGGUUCGGCUCUUCCGACAAGUUGGAGAAAGGUCGCGUUCAAAGUUGAAAUCUGCAAAGUGAAAACUUUUCUACGCCAUCACGAUGUUUGCACAAAAAGCCUUCGGCACAGGACGUCCGAACGAAUGAGCUGGUACCGGAUUCAUGGAGUGAUGUGAAUGCAACA